AUGCCUCUGACGACACUCUCGAUGGCUGCUGAACAAGCAGCAUUACAGGGGAUCAUACCAUCUCCGCAGGACAGCCAGGCUAUUCUAGCUACAACAAAAAACGCUCACAUUUCUAUACCAGAACCAGAAUCGAUCGAUCAUCCGCCCACUGAAACAAACUAUGGACUGGACUUUGAGUAUUCCCUAGAUAGUCUAGCGGCAUUUCUAGAUAAUGGCCCCUUGGAGUCGCAUCAUUUCCCCUCAUUCGUCAACGCCGAGCAGCCAAUGCCCUUCUUUUCUCCGGAAUCUGGUAUAAAUGGAGCUGAGAUAAGGCAGGGGAUUCACCAAGAGGAACAUGCACCAGCACCUACUGCACUUGAGGAGUCAGGCUCUUUCUCGCGGUUUGGAUCUCGUCUUCCAUCACUACAACCGGAGGAAUCUCCGACAUUGCGUGACCAGGAUCCUAGUUCGGCAAGGAAGCCUUUGUCAGAUAUCUCUGUCGAAGAUAGACAGCUCAUUUUGUCUAAACUCAGCGAAUUUUCCGGUGUUGUACUUUCUGGGUUUCGCCUACCAUCUCGUCUCGCACUUUCCCGUUACUUGGCCGGUUAUGUCAAUGGGUUUCACGAACAUAUGCCAUGUCUACAUGUACAGACAAUGUCUGUGCAAAAAUGUUCAAUAGAGCUGCUUCUUGCCAUGGCAGCUGUUGGGGCUCAGUAUUGUUUUGAAGGGGAGAAAGGGGUUGAACUAUUCCAUGCAAGUCAAGGUAUCGCCAUGCAACGCAUAAGGCGACGUGAUACGCGCUUUGCAGAGCAUACAGAAAAUUACCAACCGCGGUUCUUGAAUUCGCCCCAAAAUACGGAAGGCAUUGAUCCACAUAGUUCUUGGGCCGGCCAUGCCACUCAUACUCUCAGCCCAUCAUUACCUGGGCCUCUGGGUCUCCCACCUGACCAGGGAACUAGUGAAGACCUUAUACAAACAGCCCAGGCUCUAUUUCUCCUCAUGGCGAUGGCCACUUGGGCAAAGCACAAAGAAAUUCUCCGUCAAGCGCUUGCUAUCCAAAGUAUUUUGGCCACACUUGUCCGAGAAGAUGGCCUGAAAAUGACACCUCUCGUUGGCGACGAUAUCUCCUGGGAAAAAUGGAUUCGUCAUGAAUCUGUCAAACGAACAAAAUUCAUCGUCUUCUGCUUCUUCAAUCUCCACUGUAUAGUAUACAAUAUUCCGUCGUUGAUCCUGAGUUCCGAACUCGACCUACCAUUACCAUGCAGCGCAGCUGAGUUCAAAGCGCCAUCUAUGAUGCGAUGGCGAGAAGCUAGAAAGAAAAACGACCUUCCUGAAAUCAAUUUUCAAACCGCCUUCCAACGGCUUUUUGAACGCUCAGGUCCUAGUGACAUGGAAAGAUACUCCUACACAUCUUCGCUUGGAAAUUACGUUCUCAUCCACGCUUUGAUUCAACACAUUUUCUUUGUGCGUCAAAUAGCACGCCGUCGUACAUCGUCGCUGAAUCUGACAAACCAGGAUCUGGAUUCCGAAGAAAUAUCUGCUCUAGAACAAGCCCUUCGAAACUGGCAAAUGGGUUGGAAACAAAAUCCAGAGUCUUCGCUUGACCCGCUCGACCCAAACGGACCGAUUGCAUUCAAUUCGACUGCUUUGCUGCGAUUGGCCUACAUUCGACUCAACAAUAUCUUCGCUGGCCCCGGACAUCAUGCUUUGGCCACGCGCGAUCCGGUCCAGAUAGCCCAUUCUUUUCGAGAAAUUUCAGCAACGAGAAUAGGACGAACACGCAAGUUGGUACGCGCUGUUCUGCAUUCGGCGCAUGCUUUGAGUAUUCCCAUCAAGAUCGGGAUUCGACUUGUUGCUCGUACACAGACAUUUACUUGGUCCAUUCAGCAUUCUCUUUGUUCCCUUGAAUGUGCCUUCCUGUUGUGCAAAUGGCUUGAAGCUCUCGCGCUACCGAACCCACAGCCAGAAGCCACAGACGACGAGAAAAGGAUAUGCUGGCUCGUGAAAACCAUGCUUGAUGAGACCGAGUAUGGAGUUUACUGUGAGGAUGAACAGGCUUUGCAAUCUCCAACCAUGCUCAGACAGUUGAGUGCGGGAGUACUGCGGGUGUGGGCACAGAUAUUUAAAGGAGCGCAAACAUGGGCAAUCGUGGAUAUUAUCGGAACAGCACUGAAUACUUAUGCAGAUAUGUUGGAUAAUAGCCAUAGCUAA